AUUAUACAAAAGUUUGAUGGUAGACUUGUAGUACUUGAGUAGUAGAAUAUGCUACCAAAAAUUACCUUUAAUUAAAAUUUCUCAAUUCUUAUAGCAUGAAAGAAAGCUGACUCAGACAUCACGAUUUCAAAACAUAAAGAGAGAAAGCAUGGGAUGAUUGUGUCAACUUGCAAAUAGAAACAAAAUGAAGAAAGGCCAUCACUCAUUACUACUCACUAGUCACUGGAAACCAUAUCUCUUUGGUUACAAAGAUAUUUGAGUCACAAAAAUAUGAGUGAUGGUCAUUAAUCUCACCCAUACUCAAUUGGCCUAUCUAUACAAAUAUAUCAGCCACAUGGCAACAUCCAAUUAACUGCUUAUCUGCAACCCCCACCCCCACCUCCACCCCACAAAGAAGUUAGAGGCUGACUGAAACUAACUCAACUAGUAUAGCAAGAACUUUGAAAAUAAAAAAAAGUUCUUGCUUAUCUUGUUUCUUUCUUUUUUGUUUGUAUGAUAUUUUCCCCUCUCCACUUGAAAAACUCUUAGUUAUAACACACAAAAUGGAGACUAGUGUCACAUGUUGUGCAAGAGCAACAACUCUUCUCCCAAAUGUUUCUUCUCAACAAUAUUCAACUUCACUUGCAACUUCAAGAUCCAUUUCCCCUUCAUUCACCUCCAGGGGUCUGAAAUCAAGCUCAUUAUUUGGGGAAUCAUUGCGCGUCUCGCCUAAAUCAUCACUUAAGGUUUCUAGGACAAAAAAUUCAUCCCUUGUGACAAAAUGUGAGAUUGGUGAUAGCUUGGAAGAAUUUCUUUCAAAAUCAACCUCAGAUAAGGGGUUAAUCAGGUUGAUGAUGUGUAUGGGAGAAGCACUUAGAACAAUUGCCUUCAAAGUCAGAACAGCUUCUUGUGGAGGAACUGCGUGUGUCAAUUCUUUUGGUGAUGAGCAGCUCGCUGUCGAUAUGCUUGCAGAUAAGCUUCUCUUUGAGGCCUUGACAUAUUCACAUUUCUGCAAAUAUGCUUGUUCUGAGGAAGUUCCUGAGCUCCAAGACAUGGGGGGCCCUGCUGAAGGAGGAUUUAGUGUUGCUUUUGAUCCACUUGAUGGUUCCAGUAUCGUGGACACAAACUUCACAGUUGGAACCAUCUUUGGUGUAUGGCCCGGAGAUAAGCUAACCGGGAUCACAGGAAGAGAUCAAGUUGCAGCAGCCAUGGGGAUAUUUGGACCGCGAACUACAUAUGUUCUUGCUCUUAAAGAUGUUCCAGGCACCCAUGAAUUCCUUCUCCUUGAUGAAGGAAAAUGGCAACAUGUUAAGGAUACAACAGAAAUCGAAGAAGGAAAAAUGUUUUCCCCUGGAAAUUUGAGAGCCACAUUUGACAAUCCUGACUAUGCCAAGCUUAUCGAUUACUAUGUCAAGGAGAAAUACACAUUGAGAUACACCGGAGGAAUGGUGCCUGACGUUAACCAGAUCAUUGUGAAGGAGAAAGGUAUUUUCACAAAUGUGUCAUCUCCAACAGCCAAGGCGAAACUGAGAUUGCUCUUUGAAGUGGCACCAUUAGGAUUCUUGAUCGAGAAAGCUGGAGGUUACAGCAGCGAUGGGAAACAGUCCGUGCUUGACAAGGUGAUCGUUAAUCUUGAUGACAGGACUCAAGUUGCUUACGGUUCCAAGAAUGAGAUCAUCCGAUUUGAAGAAACACUCUACGGAUCAUCCAGGCUUAAGGCUGGUGCACCAGUUGGUGCUGCUGCUUGAGUCAUGAGUGCAGCAGACCUGUCAUAACGUUUUUCCAAUUCGCCUUCUUUCUAGAGCAUCGCGAAAAUGAUGUGGAGAGAUAGGUUAAGAACAUAAGGUCUCGUUCAAAAAAUGGGAAUGGAACAUUUUUCCUUUUUGUUGUUUCUAUUACCUGGUGACAAAUCUUUCCAUGUCAAAAACAAAUAAUUUAUAGUAUAUCAUGUAGAUAAAUUCAAAUAUUAUAAGUUGUCCGAUUAUGCUUCAA